CUUCAUGAUUCCAGUGACGUUUUAAGCCCUUUAUCUUAAAAGUUUUGGUCAAGACAAGCAGUUGUGGCCGCUCCAAUUUAAAUGAACCAUCCAUAAUGUCCAAACGUCAAUAUUUGCUCUCAGGGAACAUAUAUAUGUAGUCAUUAAUAAUAGGGUUUAAAGUCCCACCGAGAAAGCUAUGACAUGGCUCGCAGCUCUCAUAAAUGUACCCUGCAUUUCCGAUACUUAUUAACUCCGAAUGAAUGAGGUGCUGUAUUUACUACUGCAGUGAAAAAUCCGUGACGUCAGAAAAGGAACAAUUAGAGGUGUACUUCGUUCACUCUGGUGAAAAUGAGAAGUGUAGAUCUACCCCAUUCACCGUGGGGUUUAUUAUAAAUACUGGUGGCCUAAACAGUUUCAUACAGAACAUGCAAAAGAGGGUUAUAAUAACAUAACUAAUGCACACGAGGAUUAUAGGCUUUGCCAGCUUAACAUCCAACAUCAACAACCGCGCGUCGACUGGAAUUUAACGUACAGCUUUGGAGUUAUGACACUAUGGGAGUUUGCAAUAUUUAUUUGUAUCUUUUCUGGAUUUUCUUCUUUUUCAAAUGCACGUUACAUACCGUCCGUCCAAGUGAACGUGAGAGGGGAUAUACCCACGGCCAAAAUCAUCAUUACAGUCUUGAGAAAGCGCGCCAAAUACUGGGACUUCUGGCAGGUUAACAGUCGUAUUUGCCCACCAUCCCUAUGCUAUAUGAGGGAAAAUAAACGUGUCAAGCCCAGAGGAACAGGCGAGAGUGCAUUUUAUAACGGCGACAUCGUCCUCGACAAAGUGGCUGCAGACAUGAUGUAUGGAACUUCCAAAAGACGCCGAAAACGAGCGACUACCCGGAUGAAAGAUCGCUUGUGGAAAGACGGGAUUAUGUAUUAUCAAUUCGCCCCAUCACUUUCCAGGUUAGCCCGGAAAGCUGCAAAAAAAGCUAUGGAACACGUAUCCAACAAGACAUGCAUAGUAUUCAAAAAGAGGCGGAAGAAAAAUCCGGAUUAUGUUCGUUUCAUCAGUGAGCCAGGGUGCUGGUCAAAUGUGGGGCGAGUAGGGGGGAUGCAGAAUCUGAGUCUGGGUAGCGGAUGUGAAAAGAUGGGCACUGCAGUGCAUGAGAUCGGGCAUGCGUUAGGAUUCUGGCACGAGCAGGCACGGUAUGACAGAGACAACUACGUGGAGGUUGCUGUAGAUAACAUAUCACCUCGCUAUGUCGCCGACUUUGAGAAAAUAAAUAAGACAAUAGCAAACUCGAGAGGUUAUUCCUACGACUAUUCCAGCAUCAUGCACUACAGCGAAAGAACAUUCACCAACAAUGGACUCAGGACAAUAAAGGUAAUAGGUAUAGGGAAGGAAUUAGCUCUCAGGAUUGGUCAGCGGGACGGCCUCAGCAACAUUGAUGUUGCGCAGCUGCGAGAUAUAUACUUCUGCAACCGCAAGCAAGAUAAUGAUGAAAUGAUUUGUCCAAAGAAAUGGGUUCAAAACAAACGGGGUUGCUAUAUGUUUAUGCCACGUCCUAAACUGCAGUAUGCAGCGGCACAGCGAGCCUGCAAAAAGUCUUUCAGUACAUUGGUUCAAAUUAACACAGCGAGUGAAGAUAGAUUCCUAAAAAAGCACCUGAAAAAUAAGUACAAAAACUCGACAGUAUGGCGGACCGGUGCACGCCGGAUAAAUGAUACGUUUGUGUGGGAUAAUGGGGAGGGCCGGAAGUCUAUAGCUAUGAGGUAUACUGCCUGGAAUGGCAGUGUCCCGGAAGGAUUUUCUACCAUGGUUCUGGGACGAAAGAAAUCGUCAAAGGAUUUUACAUGGGAAGGAUCGUGGACUGGAUCGGUUUCUCAGCUUCCGGACCACACGUUUUCUUUUAUCUGUGAAAGGAAAGCAAGAAGAAAGUGCCUACCUCUAGAGUUCAGAGAUGGGCGAGAUUAUCGUGGCAAGCUUGCGCACACGAUGUCAGGAAUAACCUGCCAGAACUGGAACUCGAAAUACCCCCAUCGACACAGUCUUCUCGGUGGUAUCGUGUCAGAAGUGAACCCAGACGGACUAGGGAAUCACAAUUUUUGUAGGAACCCGUUUAGGAUGCGAAGGAAAAGACCGUGGUGUUUUACCACAAAAGAGAAAAUUGAAUGGGAAUAUUGUGACAUAACAGCUUGUAAAGGGUCCUUAAAUACUACUCUGGACGAGAAAGAAAAAGAGGAAACUGGAGAUGAAAAUGCGACAAAUAGUACAAGGAAUUACUAAACUUAUGAUAAAUACUCGUACAGAAUUAGUCUAAUAUUAGAAUACUUGGACAUAAUUCGUAUACUACAUGUAGUAUCAGAUUAGUAGAAUAAUCGAACUGGACUAGGUAUAAUUGUGAGUCACGUGAUAAUACGUUUGGCAUGCUCGGGAUCUUGUGACUUCGUAGGUCUUGCAAAACUCCUCUAUAUUUUUGCACUCAUUAACCCUUGCUGUUACUCAUGUAAUAGAUUCAUUAACUCAAGUACAGCGAUGUAAAACGUUUCUUUUUAUGAAAAUGAAUGGUAAUUAUUAAAAUGCAUGGUGUGCCAUAUCAUUAACAUAAUUCAAAAUCUUUAUUACCUCAAAGCACCAUGAUUUUCUUAUGUUCAUGUUAUGAAAGAAAAUGAUUCUAAUUUGCAGUGUUGAACUUGCUAUUGAGUUGCUUUCGUUUUCAUUACCCAUAUCAUGCAGGACUAUCUGCCUAGUAAACUCUGAUAAUUUCAGACCGAUUAAAUGUAUAUCUCGUAUCAUAGUUUUCGGUGCGUUUGUAGAUUUUGGUAGAGUAGCCAUUUGUUUCUAGCUUGUAGGUUAUACAAUAAGCAUGUUGAUACACGAGCUAACAAGUAAUGCAAAUGAUGUUUUCAAACUUACAGUUGUACGAUUGUAAUAAAGUUAAUUCGAA